CCGGAAAGAGACGAGGUGGGCGGGGGGAAGAAGAGAGGGCCGAGAGGGGCCGGAAAGAGCCGAGUCAUUCCGGAAACAACCGAGCGUGGACACGUGGGGAGGGGAGAGCCCAGGGGGCCGGAAUAUGCCGAGCGAUUCCGGAAAGAGCCGAGCGUGGGCUGGGGGAGAAAGGGGAAAGCCCAGGGGGGCCGGAAAGAGCCGAGUUGGAGCGGAAGGAGCCGAGCGAUUCCGGAAAGAGCCGAAGUGGGCGGGGAGUGGGAGGGGAGAGCCGAGCAAGGCCGGAAAGGGCCGAGAGAGGCCGGAAGAAGCCGAGCGGGGGCGGCAGAAGACGAAAGGGACCGGAAAGAGCCGAGCGGGGACGGAAAGGGCCGAGCGCUUCCGGAAGGAGCUGAGUGGGGACGGAAGAAACGAAGACGGACCGGAAAGAGCCGAGCUCUUCCGGAAAGAGCCGAGAGGGGGGGGCGGGAGAAGCCGAGUGAGAACGGAAAGAGCCGAGCGGGGCCGAAGAAAUCGAGCGUUUCCGGAAGCAGCCGAGCGGGACCGGAAGAGACCAAAGCGAGAACCGGAAGAGGCCUCAGCAGAGACCGGAAGCGGAAGUCCCCCGCGCAGCGGAGCCAAGAUGGCGGCCGCCUGCGAUCACUGCGCGGCCGCCGGCGCUCCGUACACGUGUCCCCGCUGCAACCGCCGCCUCUGCUCCCUCGGCUGCUACCGCGGGCACGGGGCCUGCGCCGAGGCCUUCUACCGCGAGCAGGUGCUGCGGGAAUUGAGCUCCAAAGCGCCUCCGGAGCCGUCCGAGGUGGCCCGGCUGGGGGACGCCAUGGGGAGGCUGCGGGACGGCGUGGGGGGGGAAGAGGAGCGCGGGUUGUGGGGGCGGCUGAGCGAGGAGCAAAAGGCCGAAUUCCGGAGGAUGCUGAAAAGCGGGGAGGCCGCCCGGCUGCUGCCGCCCUGGAGGCCGUGGUGGUGGGGGAGGAGGAGGCUGGUGGAGGAGAUCGGGGGGAGCGCGGCCAAGGUGGGCAAGGAGACGGGUGCCAGGCUGGGCAAAAAGGGCGCAGCCAGGGUGGCCACUGAGACCACAGCCGAAGUGGCCAAUGAGAGGACAACCAGGGUGGCCACCGAGAGCACAGCCAAAGUGGCCAAUGAGAGGACAACCAGGGUGGCCACUGAGAGCACAGCCAGGGUGGCCAAUGAGAGCACAGCCAGGGUGGCCAAUGAGAGGACAACUAGUGUAGCCAAAGAGGGCACAGCCAAUGUGAGCAAAAAGGGCACAGCCAAGGUGGCCAACGAGAGGAUAGCCAAGGUGGCCAAAAAGGGCACAGGCAACAUGGCCAAUGAGAGGACAGCCUGUGUGGCCAACGAGAGCACAGCCAAGGUGGCCAACGAGAGGACAGCCAAAGUGGCCAAUGAGAGCACAACCAACGUGGCCAAUGAGAGGACAGCCAAUGUGGCCAAAAAGGGCACAGCCAAGGUGGCCAACGAGAGGACAGCCAAGGUGGCCAAUGAGAGGACAGCCAAGGUGGCCAAAAAGGGCACAGCCAAUGUGGCUAGCAAGAGGACAGUCAACGUAGUCAGUGAGACUGAAGCCAAUGUGGCCAAUGAGAGGACAGCCAGUGUGGCCAACAAGAGGACAGCCAACGUGGCCAACAAGAGGACAGCCAGUGUGGCCAAUGAGAGGAUGGCCAACAUGGCCAAUGAGACUGAAGCCAGUGUGGCCAAUGAGAGGACAGCCAACGUGGCCAGUAAGACUGAAGCCAAUGUGGCCAAUGAGAGGACAGCCAGCGUGGCCAACAUGGUUAGUGAGACUGAAGCCAGUGUGGCCAACAUGGUCGGUGAGACUGAAGCCAGUGUGGCCAACAUGGUCAGUGGGACUGAAGCCAAUGUGGCCAACAAGAGCUCGGCCAAAAUGGCUGAGAAGAGCGAAGCCAUCGUGGCCAAUAGGAGUGAGGCCAUAAGGGAGGAGGAGGAAGGCAAGAAGAUGGAAUGCAGGGACACCGGUGACAGUGGGGUCAGUGGUGGCAGUGGGGUCAGCAGAGACAUUGGGGUCACCGAUGACAACGGGGUCACAAAUGAUGAUGAGGACAGCGAUGGCAGUGGGGUCAGUGGUGGCACUGGGGUCACCAAUGAUGAUGGUGACAGUGGUGGCAGUGGGGUCAACAAUGGCUUUGGGGUCACUGAUGACAAUGGGGUCACCAAUGAUGACAAGGACAGCGCUGACGUUGGGGACAGUGGUGGCAUUGGGGUCAGCAGUGACAAUGGGGUCACUGAUGACAAUGGGAUUGCCAAUGAUGACGAGGACAGCGAUGACAAUGGGGUCAGUGGUGGGAAUGGGGUCACCAGUGAUGAUGAGGACAGUGAUGACAACGGUGUCACCAAUAACAAUGGGGUCAGUGGUGGCAUUGGGGUCAGCAAUGACAACGGGGUCACCGAUGACAAUGGGGUUGCCAAUGAUGACGAGGACAGCGAUGACAAUGGGAUCACCGAUGACAAUGGGGUCAGUGGUGGCAAUGGGGUCAGCAACGACAAUGGGGUCACCAGUGAUGAUAAGGACAGCGAUGACAUUGGGGUCAGCAAUGACAAUGGGCUCAGUGGUGGCAAUGGGGUCGCCGAUGAUGAUGAGGACAGCGAUGAGAAUGGGGUCAGCAAUGACAACGGGGUCACCGAUGACAAUGGGGUCACCAGUGAUGAUGAGGACAGCGAUGAGAAUGGGGUGACCAAUGACAACGGUGUCGCCGAUGAUGAUGAGGACAGCGAUGACAAUGGUGUCAGCAAUGACAACGGGGUCACCAAUGACAAUGGGGUCACCAGUGAUGAUGAUGACAGCGAUGACAAUGGGGUCAGCAAUGACAACAGUGUCACCGAUGACGACGAGGACAGCGCUGAUCCCGGUGACACCGACGGGCACAGCACCGAUGACGACGCCGGCAUUCCAGGCCCGACGCCCCCCACCCCCACCUCUGUGCCCCCCCUCAGCUCCUUCCGUGCCCCAGCUCCGUCCCCGCUGCUGCGCUUCCAGCUUCCCAACGUUCUCUACGGUUACGCCUUCGCCCUCAGCCUGCACGUGGGGGACGAUUCCUUCCUCCCCGACGUCGCCAUGGCCGCCCUGGCCGUCUCAGCCGCUCUGCGUGGCCGUCGGCCCUUCUCCUCCACCUUGGAGGCUCUGCUGGAUGCCCGGCGCUCGGCCGAAGCCGCCGGUUACCCGCGGUGUCCUUUGGGUGAUGCCGGCACCGUUACGGCCGUGGCUGAGCUGAUGAGGGGACGCAGCCGGCAUCGACCCACCGAGGACGUGGAGACGGCGCUGCAUCACUUAGAGGUGAUGCUGGAGAGGGCGAGGAGGAUGGAAAGGGGGGAGGAGAGGGAAAGGUUGGGCCGAGCGCGGAGGAAAUGUGGCUUCCUGCUGGCUUGGAGUCGGGAGAGAGGAGCGGCUGCGCUGGGGGAGAUGGCGGCUGAAACGGAGGAGCUGAGCGCCAGAAUGGCAAAGGGGGGGAGGGGGUUGUGGGGGGAGGAGAGGAUGCAGAGAGAGGGGAACCCAUGGAGAUGGGAAGCAUAGAGAGGGGAAACAGAGAGAGGGGAACCAUGGAGAUGGGAACCAUAGAAAAGGGAAUCAAGUGAACCAGAGAGAGGGGAACCCAUGGAGAGGGGAACCUUAGAGAGGGGAAACAGAGCAGAACCAGAGAGAUGGGAAUCAUGGAGAUGGGAACCAUAGAGAGGGGAACUGGAGAGAGAGAGGAAACCAUGAAGAUGGGAAUCAUAAGAAAGGGGAAUCAAGUGAAGCAGAGAGAGGGGAACCCAUGGAGAGGGGAACCAUAGGGGAACCAGAGAGAGGGGAAACCAUGGAGACCAUGGAAACCACAGAGAUGGGAACCAUGAAGAUGGGAACCCAUAGAGAGUGGAAACAGAAAAAGGAACCAUGCAGAGGGGAACCAUAGAAACAGAAACCAUCAAGUUGGGAACCAUGGAGAUGGAAAGCCAUAAAGAGGGAACCAUAUAAAGGGGAAACCCUGGAGAUGGGAAUCCAUAGAGAGUGGAACCAUGGAGUUGGAAACCAUAGAAAGGGGAAUCAGAGAGAGAGGAACCUGAGAGAGCAGAACCGUGGGGAUGGGAACCAUGGGGAUGGGAAUUCAUAGGGGAACCAAGAGAGGAGAACCACAGGGACAGAAACCAUGGAGAUGGAAACCCAGAGAGAGGGGAACCAUUGAGAUAGGAAGCAGAGAGAGGGGAACCAUUGAGAUGGGAACCAGAGAGAGGGGAACCAGAGAGUUGGGAACUCAGAGAGACAGGAACCAUAGAGAGGGGAAUCAGAGAGGAAUCAGUGAGCAGAAAGUAUGGAGAUGGGGAGCAGAGAGAGGGGAACCAUUGAGAUGGGAACCAAAGAGAGGGGAACCAUUGAGACGGGAAGCAGAGAGGGGAACCAUGGAGAGGGGAACCAUUGAGAUGGGAACCAGAGAGAGGGGAACCAGAGAGUUGGGAACUCAGAGAGACAGGAACCAUAGAGAGGGGAACCUGAGAGAGCAGAACCAUGGGGAUGGGAAUUCAUAGGGGAACCAGAGAGAGGAGAACCAUAGGGACAGAAAGCAUGGAGAUGGGAACCCAGAGAGAGGGGAACCAUUGAGAUGGGCACCAUAGAAAGGGGAAUCAGAGAGAUGGGAACCAGAGAGAGGGGAGCCAUAGGGACAGAAACCAUGGAGAUGGGAACCAAUAGGGACUGGAACCAUGGAGGUGGGAACCAUGGAGAUUGGAAAUAUAGGAGAACCAGAGAGAGGAACCCAGGGAGAGGGGAACCAGGGAGAGGGGAACCCAUGGAAAUUGGAAGCAUAGAGAUGGGAACCAUAGAAAAGUGGAAUCAGAGAGAGCAGAACCAUAGAGACAGAAAGCAUGGAGAUGGAAACCAUAGAGUUGGGAACUCAGAGAGACAGGAAUCAUAGAGAAGGAAAUCAGAGAGGAAUCAGAGCAGAACCAUAGAGACAGAAACCACGGAGAUGGGAACCAGAGAGAGGGGAACCAUUGAGAUGGGAACCAGAGAGAAGGAACCAUGGAGAGGGGAACCAGAGAGUUGGGAACUCAGACAGAAACCAUAGAGAGGGGAAUCAGCAGAACCAUAGAGACAGACAGCAUGGAGAGGGGAACCAUGGAGAUGGGAACCAUAGAAAUCAGAACCAUAGAAAUCAGAACCAGAGAGAUGGGAACUCAGAACCAUAGAGAGGAGAAUCAGAAAGCAGAACCAUUGAGCCAGAAAGCAUGGAGAUGGGAACCCAGGGAGAGGGGAACCAUUGAGAUGGGAACCAAAGAGAGGGGAACCAUUGAGAUGGGAACCAGAGAGUUGGGAACUCAGAGAGACAGGAACCAUAGAGAGGGGAAUCAGAGAGGAAUCAGUGAGCAGAAAGUAUGGAGAUGGGGAGCAGAGAGAGGGGAACCAUUGAGAUGGGAACCAAAGAGAGGGGAACCAGAGAGGAAUCAGAAGAAAGCAUGGAGAUGGGAACCAGAGAGUUGGGAACCAGAGAGUUGGGAACUCAGAGAGACAGGAACCGUAGAGAGGGGAAUCAGGGGAAUCAGCAGAAAGCAUGGAGAUGGGAACCCAUGGAGAGGGGAACCAUUGAGAUGGGAACCAUGGAGAGGGGAACCAGAGAGUUGGGAACUCAGAGAGACAGGAACCAUAGAGAUGGGAAUCAGAGAGGAAUCCGUGAGCAGAAAGUAUGGAGAUGGGAACCAUUGAGAUGGGGACCAUAGAAAUCAGAACCAUAGAAAUCAGAACCAUAGAAAUCAGAACCAGAGAGAUGGGAACUCAGAACCAUAGAGAGGAGAAUCAGAAAGCAGAACCAUUGAGCCAGAAAGCAUGGAGAUGGGAACCCAGAGAGAGAGGAACCAUUGAGAUGGGAACACAGGGAGAGGGGAACCAUUGAGAUGGGAACCAAAGAGAGGGGAACCAUUGAGAUGGGGAACCAUUGAGAUGGGAAACAAUUGAGAUGGGAACCAAAGAGAGGGGAACCAUUGAGAUGGGGAACCAUUGAGAUGGGGAACCAUUGAGAUGGGAAACCAUUGAGAUGGGAACCAAAGAGAGGGGAACCAUUGAGAUGGGAAGCAGAGAGAGGGGAAGCAGAGUGAAGGACGAGAGAAGGGCUUCAGAGGACGUGGGGAUCGAGGUGUAAUUUACAGAAGCAAACGUGUGGAGUUGUCAGAAGAAUGGGGACUGCAGGCGCAAUCAGACCAGGAGGGGGUGGAGAACAUAAGGAGUUUGGGAGCAGCCUGAGGACGUCAGCAGGGAGGUGAGGAGGCGUCCUGAAGGGCAGAAGAUCGCAGCGAGGAAGACUCCGAUUCUUCAUCCCACCGCCACCCGGAGGGGAGCCCCCAACCUCUGACUGCUCAGACAUCAGGGGGGGGGGUCAGCAUGCUAAUGAAACCUAAUGAAUGUGCAUCCGAAUCCCUGGGAAUUCCUGUGGCUGGUGUGUGCAGCACGUUUCUUGCGGGGUGCAGGGCUGGGGGAGCUGCCGUCCUUGGAGCCCGCUAAUGGAGCAUACAGCACACGGGCUGCGUUCAGGAUGUGGGCUUUGAUUUCUGCAUGCCCCCACCAAAAGCCACGCCCACAUCCGACCCCCUGGCCACGCCCACGUAACAUCAGGCCACGCCCACAAAUCUGCGACGCGUAGCCGCAGGCCACGCCCCCUAAAAAGACACGCCCACUUAAAAGACCGAGCCCUGACCACGCCCCCUACGAAAAGCCACGCCCACUUAAAAGACCAAGCCCUGACUACGCCCACUACAAAAAGCCACGCCCACUUAAAAGACCGAGCCCUGACCACGCCCCCUA